GUCCCUCAGAGACAUGAGGGACGUUUCAGCUCGUUAGUGCCAAAGUAAAUAACAAGCGGAGCGGAUAAACUGAGGCCACAGGAGCGACUGGAUUAUAUUUCAGACAGCUUGAUCCAAGCCGGUCCACAGAUGAGCAACAGCAGAUGACGUUGAUGAGGUCCAGUCCCUCAGUGAAAGAGGAGUGACCACUUCAUCCUCCUCUUGUUGCACUCCCGACCUGAGGCGUCCCUUCUGCCGCCUCAUUUUGUCACCAUUUCCUCCCUUAGUCGGUUCCCGGAAGCGUUUCAAAACUGUUUCUCCAACGCUUUUUCCAGAAACUCAGACUGUUUUCUAAAGCAGAAGCAGCACAGCCCUCCCAGACUGAGGUGAUGGGAAGUGUGCGAGCCAGCCGCUACAGCACUGUGUCAUCAGAAGAGGACAGCAUGAAACUCGCCACCACGGGAGUACCAAAUGGCUACGCCAACGGCAAGGCCAAGGUGCAUACUAGGCACCGGCCACAGAGCCGUUUUGUGAAGAAAGAUGGUCACUGCAACGUGCAGUUCAUCAACGUGAGCGAGAAAGGUCAGCGCUACCUGGCUGACAUUUUCACAACAUGCGUGGACAUCCGCUGGAGGUGGAUGUUCAUCAUCUUCUGUCUCGCCUUCCUCCUGUCAUGGCUGUUCUUUGGCUGCAUCUUCUGGCUGGUGGCCAUCUUUCACGGGGACUUGGAAAGUGGUACCAAGAAGUGCGUCUCCAACGUGAGCAGCUUCACUGCUGCCUUUCUGUUCUCUAUCGAGACUCAGACUACCAUUGGCUAUGGCUACAGAUAUGUGACAGAGGAAUGCCCUGUUGCGAUCUUCAUGGUGGUUUUUCAAAGCAUCGUUGGAUGCAUCAUUGAUGCCUUCAUCAUUGGUGCGGUCAUGGCCAAAAUGGCAAAACCCAAAAAGAGAAACGAAACUCUGGUGUUUAGCCAUAAUGCCACAGUGGCCAUGAGGGACAACAAGCUCUGCCUGAUGUGGCGUGUGGGCAACUUGCGGAAGAGCCACCUGGUUGAGGCACAUGUCCGAGCUCAGCUUCUCAAAUCCAGAACGACAGCAGAGGGGGAGUAUAUCCCUCUUGACCAAAUGGACAUAGAUGUGGGUUUUGACAGCGGAGUCGACCGCAUCUUUCUGGUCACCCCAAUAACCAUUGUCCAUGAGAUCAAUGAGGACAGCCCCUUUUACAACAUGAGCAAGCAGGAUGUGGAGAACUCAGACUUUGAAAUUGUGGUGAUCCUCGAGGGUAUGGUGGAGGCAACUGCGAUGACCACGCAAUGUCGCAGUUCGUACGUCACCAACGAGAUCCUCUGGGGCCACCGCUUCGAGCCUGUGCUCUUUGAGGAGAAGAACUACUACAACGUGGACUACUCCCGCUUCCACAAGACAUAUGAGGUGCUGAACACUCCCCUAUGCAGUGCCAGAGAACUGGCAGAGAAAAAAUACAUUCUGUCCAACACCAACUCCUUCUGCUAUGAAAAUGAGAUGGCAUUGGACAAAAAGGAAGAUUCGGAUGAAGGGAAUGGGGGCAGCGUUGGGCCCGACGGCACCCAGAUCGACAGCAUCUCAGAGACUGAACACAGUCAAGCCAUGGUGCCGCUGGAGCCACGGACUCUGAGGCGAGAAUCAGAAAUAUGACAACUAAGACUUCUCAUGAGCAAUUAAAAGGAAAGAAAUUCCCCUAUCUACUCUGGAGACUUGACAAUCCGAGACAGGAACAAGGGGAAGCCAAGCGGUACUGCUGUGGGAAGCUGGAAAAGGUUCAGGACUGUAUGUAAGGGUCUAUCUUAACUAUGACUACACACAGUAUGAAGAAACACAGCACUAUGAAGAAUGUGCUUAAAGCAGAACUAAUUCUCCUCCAAGAACUCCCCACUAAUGUGCGCUCAGUCUCUGAAAAGAGGAAGUAGGUUGUAGUAAUGACCUCAGAAGUGAAGAAAUGUACCUGGUCCUGUCUAGCUAGAACAAGGCGCUUUUUGAGUUUUCUUUAGAUUUUUAGUGCUGCUACAGAAUAGAGAAGUUACACACUUGCAUCUCUUUCAUUUCGAUGGUUUUACCUAGAACCAAAGAGUAAGGAAAGUCGGAACAAAGAAGGUACAACGCAGGGUAUUUGUUCAUGAGCAGGUCUCAGAGCAAGAGAUGUCACAGAUCACAGUCUCUGUAUGCAAUAAAUAAAAAAAAACAUGUUUCCCCUGACAUGACGGCACUGAUUCUCUGAGCUUUAUGUUUUACAGCAGCUGGUCGUCACGUCUGAUAAGUGCUGCUCAAACCAACUGAAACCUCUGAGCAGAGCAGUGUUAUUCACUCCAAACUGACAGAAAUCAUUAAUUUAACAAGAAUUAAAGGGUUUAAAUAUGGGAGACGUGAAUGUUCUAAAAAAAAAAGUGCUGCUAUGAUAUUACUUUUUUUGUUUUCUUCUUUGCAGUUUGUUACAGAAAAAAAAAAUGCCAGAGUAUUAUUAUCAUAGUUAUGUUUGUUUAAACCAACACCCAAUUAGAUUUGGUACAGAGAAGUAGAAUAUUUUAGGGAGUUUUAAUACUGUUUGUUUUUACAGAAUGUGUGUACAGUUUCUUUUAUUAUUUUUUCUUUACAGUGAUCAUCCUUAUCUUGAGCCAAUUCAUCAAGCCUUAAUCUGAGUGUUCAGAAUGAGGAGACAUAUAAAAAUAAAGUUUUUGUAGUUUUCAGAACUCAAGCAAUGCUUUUUUUGAAAUUAUUUUAGGCUUCAACUUGAAUCAGAAAUGUUGAUUACUAAACACAAACCUGCUUCACAGGUUUUAAAAUAUAAUGAAGCAAUGUAAGAUAACAUCAGAAAUCACAAUCUCUGAAUGAAGAUCGUGUCAAAACCUCUAAGUUCUUUGUGCUGCAAGAAGACCACAGAUCAUCUUUCAAUACUAACACUACCUGGGUCUUUAUUCUAUGUUGACAAUGUCAGAAAAAAAAAAACGUUCAAAGCCAAGUGUACUGUAACCCUAGCACAUGAAGGUCUGCUGCACAAAGGAAAACACAUUUAUAUCUUGUAUGUUUUGUUAAAAACAAAAAACAGACGGAAAGCCGCUCGGCUCCACAUCUAAAUACUUUUUCUCCCUGUUGAAGUUGUUUUGUUGGCAGUCCUCCAAAUGUACUGCGAAGUCACAGAAUGUACAGAUUUUUGUAUUGUUACUAUUUUUAUUGUACAUUAUAUUAUAUUGCAAUUUUCCAAUAAAAUGUCAAUGGACAAAUAGAA